GCUGCGAAAUUAGUUCGUUGUCGUCAGUCAGUCAGUUCAGUUCGGUUUUCGCAGUGGACAUCAAGCAGAGAACCACCAGGAAAUCCGAGGAAAAUCCAUCCAAGGCGAAGGCAACAACAGCGAAUUGGAGCAACAGCAACAACGCAGCAGCAAGCAGUCCAGUCCACAGUUGAUGCAAAAAGUUCCCAAAACCAUCUGCAAUCGAAUUAUUCGAACUCAAAUUCAAUUUCACUGUGCGUGUACCGUUGUGGGUGCGUGUGUCGGUGUGUGCCAGUGAGUGUGUGUGUGUGCGUGAAUGUCCUUGGUUGUGUGUGGCCAAAAAAAAAACUGAAGUAAAUCAAAACUGAGGGCGCCGCCAGGAUUUAACAACCCACACACAGGACGAAAGGGAAGCUGAAAUCAGGCCAGGCCGCAAUAGAAAAUCAAUUUUCUGUUAAAAUACACAAAUUGCAACGAUAGACGCGUCUCGAAAGCGAAUCGCCGAGAAUUAUUAAUCGGCUGCAAAACUCCAAAGCAGCCGCCCCCUUUUCCCCGCCGCCCCCAACGCCAUGCACACACACUCCCGCGCGUAGCACACACACACCAAACACACACAAGCGCGCAGAGAAUCGCCUGGACGUUAACGGUAAAAAGCGAAGAAACGCCGUUUGGUUAGGCCAUCAGUGGUGGAGGUGCAACGGGGGCUAAAAACGAGCAAAGAGGAGCAAAGGGGAGCACAAGAAGAAAAGGAGGAGAAUAGCGAACUAACUGUAAAUUCAGGCGGAGACAACCACAACAGUCGAGUCCAUCAAGUUAGGCCCACUGGGCAUUCAAUCAACAGCACAAGAACCAGAAAAAUCAAUCACAGCCUGCCGACAUCUCCAUUCAAAAAAGGCCUAACCAAAGCAGCAGAAAAAAAACUAAAAGAACUUCCAGAAUUUCCCAUUAAAAAGGAUAAACUAAUCUAUCAACCAAAAACUGCAGCCUAAAAUAAUAACUAAAUUUUUCUAAUAAAGAAAUCUGUGAUUUGCAUAAAAAAAACAUAAAUUUAUAAACAACAAUUAUUUUCAUACUGCACUUUUUCAAAACCAACAAAAAAAGCUUAACUAAAAGAAAAAAAUCAAUUUAUUUUAUAAAUUUUCAAAUAUAAAUCACAAAUAAUUCGGUGAGCGUUUAAAAUAAAUCUUAAUAAAUUCGCACACGCAAAGCUGACACGCCUCAAGGAUAAAAUCGAAAACCGCAAAAGAAAAAGCAAAAGCAGCACCACCACCACAACCACCAAAAAGCAGAAGCCGCACCACCAGCCAAGGCAGCCUCAAAUUCACACAAGGUCAACGGAAUUAAUAUUUUUUAAAUGGAAAUCAUUCCUGAAGGUAAACACUUUCGUUUGGUGCAAGAAUCAGAGCUUCCAGAAAUUUUGGUAACUUUAGAACGCUAUCUGCCGGAAUCAUUAAAGUUUCAUCAAACCAUAAAAACGUACCUGAAUGAUCGUAUUUGGGGUUUUAAGUUUUAUGUUGCUAAAGAAUGGCCCGAGAAACCGAUAAUUCUCCAUUUUCCAGGAUGCACGCUUGCGCCGCACAACAAUAUAUAUCAAACUCUUGGCAUAUUUUGUCCAUCCGCACACAUCGAGCAUGUCGAUAUGAUGCGCACCGAAGAUGUACUUAUAGAUUGGCAGAAGCCUAUGUACCUGAACUUUACGCACAUCGCCAUUAUGAAUCGCCUGGAUGACUUCUACUCGAAGUUCGGUGUGAUGGAACGACUCAGUGGUGAUAUCUACGUGUGCAACAAGCUGAACGCCGACCUGGAGCUGGAGCCGCUGCCGGAGGAUGCGGAGAUGCGUCUGCUGAACCUGGACAACGUGCAGGGCAUCCAUGAUUUAUAUCCUGCCAACGAAAUCGAGUGCGUCCAGCUGUUUGACAUCCUUGUGCGCAAGCUGCCCGGCUUGGGCAUCUUUCGCAAGGAAACUGGGGAGCUAGCCGCCUGGAUGGUCCACUCAUAUUACGGCGCCAUGUUCUCAAUGCAAACACGUCCAGACUUUAGGCGCAUGGGCUAUGGCAUCCGUCUUGCCAAGUCGCUGACCCAAUUGGUGAUCGAGCGGGGAUAUACGCCCUUCGUUGUGAUACGUCCCGGGAAUGAUGCGUCCCGUAGCUUGUACACAAAGCUGGGCUACGAGAAGGCAUUUGAGACGUGCCGGGUGCGGAUGACCCCGGACUGCUACGAGGACAGCACCGUGGGAACCAUUGGCAACACGGCCUACGGCAAGUUUCCGCCGUUACCGCAGGGCGAGUGCGUGGUGGUGACCAAGCUGCGGCGCAAACAUGUGCCCGGCGAGAGCCAGACCGUGGACGAGGGCAUCGAGGAUAUGUUGGCUGAAAAAUGUGAUAUCAGCGGUGACGAGGCGAGGGAGCGCAAGACCACGACCGACGAGGGCAUCGGGGAGGACAAGUAGGCCAGGUUGGGUUAGGGACACGAGAUCGAUGGAAGCGCUACGCCAACGCUAAACUUAUGCUUAAAGCUGUAAGCACCUUUUAGGACUCUUUAGGACAGACAGGACAUGGCACACAUCAAGUGGCGUUGAUUUUUUAAACAAUUAUAUUAACGAGAAAACCAAGAAACUGUACGAGUAUAUUUAUAGAUGGUAUAUGAAGCUUCCUCACACAGAAAAACGCGACGACGUCGAUCGGAGAACGCGAAUUUUCGGACGGAAUCAAGGGAUUUAUUUUAUAUGGGUAUUGAUUAGGAUUCGAUGACAAGUACUAAACAUUAACGGGGGGUUUAAUCGAUCAAGAACGCGCUGAAGUCAGAAAUUUUAAACGGGAACCGAAUACAGAGAGAAUUUUUAAUUUUUUGCUAAAAAUGCUUUUACAAAAAUGAACUCCAAGAACGAACAAGAAACACAAACAGAAUGUCUCGAAGCAAAAGCAAGGAGCGCAUCAAUUUAUUAAAACUAUUAUAUAUAUUAACUCUAUAUAUCAAAUUGUUAAACGAACUAAACAAACAACACACACAAUCUACUUCUCUCUUCUGGCUCUCCACGCAAAAUUUCUGAACAGGAAGAUAAUCUCGAAUCAACGGUCUUUGCUACCGAAAAACAAACAAAUCUCUCGCUUGGGCCAUGGAACAGAGCUUUGCACACUUUCCUGUUUUAAAGAACCCGUUUCAGAAUACUACAUAUAUAUUUUUCAAAUAAUAUUGAAUACUUUCGAUGACCCAAACGAAGUGCUUUGAUUUUAAAUGGUCUUGUACCAACUAAAUUUGGAUUUAUAGGCUUUUUUCAAAUUUAUAUAUAUAUACCCAAAUCCAAAAAAAAUACGAAACGAAGCGAAAACCAAACAAAAAUACAAAAUAAAUAUAUAUAUUUUAUUAUUACGAAAUUUUAUUAAACUAUGCAAACGAGUACUCAAUGAUUUUGCUCCUAUUUAGCUGAACUAAACAAGAAAGAAACAAAAUAAAAAAAAACACGCCAAAGAUGUCUUCUGCUUCAUUUUAAGUACAUAUUCCCAAACCCGAUUCCCACUCUCUCUAUAGAUGAUUUUAAUCCAGCCGGAUUAGCGGUCAAUUUUGGAAUCAUCUGUGGAGGUUUUCUAUUAUAAAAAUGCAAAACCGAAUCUCAAAAUAUAUGCAAGAAAAUCAAAUUUAAUGAAAAAGUUAUAUAUUACAACUGCUAUAUUGUAUGUACUCGAACUAAAAACAAAUGAGAAAAAAAACAAAAACUAAAGAAGCAAAUUUAAAUAAAUAACAAUAUUGAGACAGCACACUGAAGGUUCUUCCUGUUUGUGACGAACUAGAUAACGAA